GCUUUGUACCACUCCCUCUAAUCUCUCCACCCCUCUGUCCGUGUUGUUUUCCUCAGAGUUAGCCCAUGCGAGCGGCGUGUGGACUGAGUGCAGCUGUUUCGUUCCGAGCAGAGCCCAACAUGUGAGAAGAUGUCUGUUGGAGGUUGUGCUUGUCCCGGCUGUUCGUCAAAGUCAUUCAAGCUGUACUCUCCUAAGGAGCCCCCCAACGGCGGCAGCUUUCCCCCCUUCCACCCAGGCGCUAUGCUGGACAGAGAUGUGGGGCCUACACCCAUGUACCCCCCAUCAUACAUGGAGCCUGGAAUGGGGAGACCAACACCGUACGGGAACCAGACAGAUUACAGGAUAUAUGAGCUGAACAAAAGGCUACAGAAUUGGACGGAGGACUGUGACAAUCUCUGGUGGGAUGCCUUCACCACAGAGUUUUUUGAGGAUGACGCCAUGCUCACCAUCACUUUCUGUCUGGAAGAUGGACCCAAACGAUACACCAUCGGCAGGACGUUGAUUCCACGAUACUUUCGAAGUAUUUUUGAGGGGGGCGCCACCGAGCUGUUCUAUGUUUUGAAGCACCCAAAGGAGUCCUUCCACAGUAACUUUGUGUCUCUUGAUUGUGACCAGUGCACCAUGGUGACCCAAAACGGCAAACCUAUGUUCACACAGGUUUGUGUGGAGGGCCGCCUGUACCUAGAGUUCAUGUUUGAUGACAUGAUGAGGAUCAAGACGUGGCACUUCAGCAUCAGACAACACAGAGAGGUCCUACCAAGGAGCAUUUUGGCUAUGCAUGAUCCCCAGAUGCUCGAUCAGCUGGCUAAAAAUAUCACCAGAUGUGGGCUGUCCAACUCCACGCUCAACUACCUCCGUCUAUGCGUGAUAUUGGAGCCCAUGCAAGAGUUGAUGUCCAGACAUAAGACCUACAGCUUGAGCCCCAGAGACUGUCUGAAGACCUGCCUCUUCCAAAAGUGGCAAAGAAUGGUAGCACCUCCAGCUGAGCCAGCCAGACAAGCUCCAAACAAGCGACGGAAAAGGAAGGUGUCUGGUGGAAGCACCGUGAGCUCCGGCGGAGGCAGCAAUAACAACAGCAACAGCAAAAAGAAGAGUCCAGCCAACAGCUUUUCACUCUCCAGCCAGGUACCUGACCUGGUUGGAACAAAAACCUGUACAGUGCCGGAGCUUGAGGACCGGAGUUGAGAACCACUACGCUAAAUCUUAAACACACACACACACACCCACACACACACCCACACACAAACACUGACACACUGACAAACACACACAUACAUACAUACAUACGCACACAUACACACACAUACGCAUACACACACACACACACACACACACACACCUACACCCAGACCAGUGCACACACUCACCUACACCUACAGCAUAAAACAUUGAGGUACUGGAGAGAGGCGGUAUGCAGCAUGUCUGGACCAGAGCACCAGACGCUACAGAAGUGUGUUUUCAUUUUCUAUGUUUUAGACUUGUUUUGAAUUUUUUUUAUUUUUGUAAACAAUUUCUAAAAAAUAAACAGACAAGCAAGCAAACAAAAACACCCCAGAAUAUUCUUUGCACUGUUUUCCACUAUUAACUCCAAUCUAUUUUUCUUAUGAAUUGACGGUGUAUUUUUUUUUUCUUUUCUAUUAUUGCUAAUGUAAGAACUGUAAAACAUCUGAAACCUGCAGUAUAUUAAUGUAUAAGUAUUGCUGUUAGAUCAUUCUUAUUGUGAUGGUAAUAACUUUCAUGUAAGUCUGUGCUUGAUAUAAUGUCAUCCAUCUGUGUCAGACAUCACACUGUCAUCAGGUCCAUUGGCUGCAGUGCUACAAAUCAGGUUGGGGAGAACAAGGCUAGUGUUUAAUACUUUACUACAUCUUGUUUUAAUGUGAGUUCCAAAGCAACCACCUUCCCCACUAAAUUUCCACCAAGCGCUGGUUUGGAUCUGAUGACUAGUCAUUGCAGAACUGUUUGCUUUGUCUUGAAAUCUCUUUCUGGGGGUCCUCUCUUCAGAGAACAUAGUAACAGAAAACUUCUCAAAUUUGCUACUCAAAAAUAUUUUAAAAACAAGUUUUGACAGGAUUGUAAAAUAAGAAAAAAAAGACUUUUGUAUUAACUUAAGUUUCCCAGAAAUGUUUUUAAUCCCAAUUAAGAAAGCUGCAGACCAAGGAGCUACAUGUAAAGAUUCUUUAGAUAUUGAUUACACUGUGCUGUUUUAUGUUUUAUGAAGAAUCAUUUUGUUGGCUUUAUUCCUCAUGUUUGUGUCUGUGCUUGUAUAUUUUUAGGUAGUAAUUUCUGUAAAAGUUAUUCUAUGUAUUCCUCCUUAGAACUAUGAGAAACUCAAUCUAAUGUAAAGAGAUGAAAAGCCUCUUAAAAGUUUUUUUAAACGUGAUUUUUAAUGGUACAAUCACUGAUAAAAGAAUUUUGCCCUCAUUUUAGCAAACUGUAUUUAUUUUUCUAUGUACUGACAUUCUGUUUAGGUCCAACCCACCUGUACAAUACUCGUGAUAAUAUAUGGAGGGGUUUGUGGGGCUGCUGAGUCAAUUAAUGCUAAUAGAGGUCAUUCCAUUACUUGUGUUUUUGACAUGCGGCUCCAAGGUCAUCAUGGCCUGUUUAUUACAAUGGUUCAGUAUGUUACCAUUAAAGAGAUAUUUAAAUGCCAUUUUCUUCUGUUGUAGGUUCCUGGUCUAUCUGAAAACUUAGCAGUUCCACUGAAAACCAAUAAAUAACCACAUUUAAA